AGAAAUGACAAAAGAUCUUGCACACGUUUGUUACAGUUUUGAUUUGUCUGUCACAUUUUUUGCUUUCAAUUCAAUUCUCUGUCCAAAACAGGGAAAUAUUAAUAUAUUUCACGAUUUCUACACGGACGAACAAAAUUAUUGAAUUCUCAACCCUAUCAAUAUCAUCUAAAAUUCAGCUUUUCUGCAUUGAAAAUUUAUAAUGGCCGAUUGGGAGUCAGCCGCUGAUGAGGAUGUGGUCAUACGUCCUAAAAUCACAAAUGAUGUUAACAAAUGGGAGGGAGAGGAUGACGACGAGGAUGUAAAGGACAGUUGGGAAGACGAGGAGGAAAAAAAGGAUGAAGAAAAAUCCGAGACAAAAACAGAAGUGCCAACAAAAACUAAACCAAACAAAGCAUUGAAAGCCAAAUUAACGGAACAAGAACGCCUAGCUGCAGAAGAGGAAGAAAAACGGCUAGCUAACUUGACGCCUGAAGAAAAGGUGGCUGAAAAAUUACGGUUAAAAAAAAUUCAAGAAGAAUCAGACCUCAAAAGUGCGCUGGAAACAUUCGGUGUAACGGAAAUCGGUAAUGGAUUGGAUGCAUUCAAUCCUCAAACGAAAGAGGAGUUCAAAGAAUUUGGUGCGACGCUCAGUUGGAAAUUGUCACAUUACAAAGAAUCGCCACACUUCCCACAAUUUGUUGAGGACCUAGUUCGUAGCAUAUGUGUUAACUUAUCUGCAGCGGAUAUAAAAAAAGUGAAAAUGAAUGUAGAAAGUUUGCAUACGGAGAAGCUAAAAAUGGAAAAACAAAAUGCGAAAAAACCUGCUAACAAAGGAAAGAAUAAAGUAUCUUUGCGUACAGAAGCUGAUGAUAUUGAUGGUUAUCAGAAAUAUGGAAACGACUAUGCAGAGGAUUACGAUGACUUCAUGUAAAUACGAUUGAGAUGCGAGUGACAUACUUAUUGCAUAUAGAAAAUUUCUCUUCGCGUUUAAUUUUUUGUUAAAAAUUGAAAUAGAAUACAUACAUAAAAAUAGAUCGCUACGAACAAUAUCUGAAAUUGUACACUAAAAUUUUUUGAAUAAGAAAUUUCAAAUAUGCUUGUGAAUUCAUUUUAUAUAAUUAUACUUUAUUAAAUAUGUAAAGAAAAACA